AGUGAGACUCUGUCUAAAAAACAAACAAACAAAAAAGAAGGAAUUUGGGAAGUGAGGUGAUGGGGCAGAGGCUGGCAGCUCAGGCAGUGACUGUGGCAUAUCAUGGCCUCAUGGUGCCUCUCACUGUGAUGAGCAUGUUCUGGGGCUUCGUUGGCUUCUUGGUGCCUUGGUUUAUCCUUAAGGAUCCUUACUGGGGAGUUAGCAUUACCAUAUUGGUGACCUGUCCAGUUUUCUGCUAUCUCUUUUGGCUGAUUUCAAUUCUGGCCCAACUCAACCCUCUCUUUGGACCACAGUUGAAAAAUGAAGCCGUCUGGUAUCUGAAGCAUCAUUGGCCUUGAGGAAGAAGAUGUACUCUACAGUGCUCAGUCUUUGAGGUCACGAGGAGAGAAUGCCUUCUAGAUGCAAAAUCACCUCCAAACCAGACUACCUUUCUUGACUUGCCCAUUUUGGUCACCAGUUGCCUUAAACAU